AUGCUGGUCGGAGCACGCCCCAGGGCACUCCCUGGGUGGGGAGCUUUGCUCCGCGCCUGCGCGUCCUAUCGCCGCCCGCCCGAGAGGUGCGCCCUGCCGCGCGCCGCCGAGGAGGACCGCCGGCACGCCGGCGGCGGCGGCGCCCCGUCCGCGGCUCCCGCGCAAGCCUCUCCCGCCGCGCAGGCCUCUGCGGCCGACGGCGGGGGCGCGGCGGCGCCGGCCGCCGAGGCGCUGGAGCAGAAGAGCUGCCACCUCGAGUGGAACGCGGCGGGCGACCGGCUCCUCGGGGUGGGCAGCAGGACGGGCGUGUCCCUGUGGGCGGUGGGCGAGGGCCGCGCGGCGCCGUCGGUGGUGGCGGUGCCGACGGACACCGCGCGCACCAGGGCGGUGACGGGCGCCUUCGUCUCCGCCGCCAGCGUCGUGGCGACGGGCGGCCGCCGCGGGGACCCCGACGGCGGGGUCAGCCCGCACGCAGCCGCGGGGCUCUGCGUUUGGGACACGCUGGCGCCCCCGGGCUCCUCGCUGGUGGCCCACGAUGCGGGCGCCGACGCCGCGUCGGCGAUGCCCCCAGAGUACACCUGCCUGGCCUGGGCAGCGGGGCGGCGCUCCAUCCUCUGCGGCACGAAGGCCGGGGAGCUCCGCGUGUUCGACCUGCGCCAGCAGCGCGUGUCGCACAGGAUCGCCGCGCACAAGGCGGCCAUCCGCUACUGCUUCGUCCUGGAGGCGUCUGGGCGUCUGGCCACCCUCAGCACGAUGUCCGAGAUGAAGAUCUGGAACCUGGAGGACAUGGAGUGCCUGGAGUCCUGGAGGCAGCUGCACAGCAGCCGGGGCAUGGGCAUGGGCGGGGUGUUGGGCAAGUCCCAAGUGCUGGCCUGCGCUGGGCUCCUCUCGGACUGGCACCUCGUCACCGGCGGGCAGGACGGGUCACUGCUGCUGACCCGCGUGUGA